UGAGUAGAGCGCGUCAGUCGCGCAUCGGGCAGCGAGUGAGAACUCAGCCGCUCACCGGCGCUCAGAAUGCGGCUGCUACUGUGAACUCAUCCCGCUCCCGUUCCCUGUGACGCCAACACUGAACGGGAAACAUGUGGAACACUAAAAGAGGAACCUGCCUAAGCAGCAAAGGAGAGAUAUGGGGUUUGUUCAUUCUCCUCCUGUACACCAGUCCUCUCUCCUGCUCUUCAAAUUUCAGUCACCUCAUCUAUAAGAUAAAAGAAGGAUUACCUAAAGGGACACUCAUAGGGGCUAUCAGUAAGGACUUAAACUUGGAUCUUUCCAGCGAUCCCCCUCGCUCGUUUAAUCUGGAGCAAAAAACGGCCGGCCAGCAGUAUGUGAGUCUGAACAACACAACGGGGGAGCUGUUCACAUCUGCCGUGGAGAUCGACAGAGAGGCUCUGUGUGCCGAGUCCCACGAGGGCCAGGGCUGUGCAAUCUUUCUGGAUGUGUUAAUCCUUCCUCAGCAGUAUUUUCAGCUGGUUAAGAUUAAGAUCAUCAUCGAGGAUGUCAAUGAUAACCGUCCACACUUCCCCGUUAACGAAAUCACAAUGUUCGUGCCAGAGAACGCACCGGUCAACGCCAGGUUCGCAGUGGAGCAAUCAGCAGUGGAUCCCGACAUCGGGAUUCAUGGCGUUCAGACGUACUGGCUAGUUAACGACUAUGGGGUUUUCACAUUAGAUGUAGAGGAGAACGAAGGGGGAGAACUGACGCCCUUUCUCAUCAUUAUCGAGUAUCUUGAUAGGGAGACUCAAGCGAAGUAUGUGACUGAGAUUAUAGCCGAGGACGGAGGCUCUCCGCCACUUCUGGGCACUGCCACUCUGACGAUUAUCAUCACGGACGUCAACGACAAUUGCCCCAAGUUUACAGAGUCACAAGUGAACGUUACCCUUUAUGGAAACGCCACUAAGGGCAUGCAGUUGGCUCGUCUACAAGCCUACGACCCGGAUGAGGGGGCCAACGCCUUGAUCACGUACACCUUCAGCGAACGGGUCUCCCAAGAAAGCAGAAACCUGUUUCAUUUGGAUACAAUCACAGGGGUUCUUAAACUAGCAGGGAAGAUAGACAACAAUACCGGAAAGCUCUACAAACUAACCGUACUGGCCAAUGGGCCGACAUGUAUUCCAGAAGUUGCAACGGUUACCAUUCACGUCAUCAGACAGCUUUCCGGCCCUCCGGCGGUUAUACCGCGUUAUAUCGCGUCUGAGAAGGACGGGGUUGUGAGUUUAAGUGAAUCAGAGCCACCGUUUUCACCCAUUGCUUUUUUUACCAUCAAAAACACUGAGCCACAACAGAAGAUAGAGUGUCUUCUAGAAAGUACGGGUCCGUUUAGGCUUGUACCGUACGAACGCUUCAAAAACGAGUACUUGCUUGAGACCACUGAAGUACUGGAUUAUGAGCAGCAACAGGAUUAUGAAAUGGUUGUUGUGGUCCGUAAUGCUCAUGGAUUAGUAGUUAAUACCGUAGUGAAGGUCCACGUGUUGGACGUUAACGACAACGCUCCGGUUUUCAAGCAGUCCUUCAUUGACGUCACCGUGGAGGAGAACAACCCACCGAACACGUUCCUCGCUCAGCUUCAGGCGACCGAUGCGGACAGCGAAAGCAGAGGCGAGGUUUAUUACCUACUCGGUGCCGACGCUCCCACCAUUUUUGACUUGGAUAGGUCAACCGGGGUGUUGACGGUGUCCACGUCUCUUGACCGCGAGGAAAAGGAGACGUACCGCUUCAUGGUGCGGGCCGUAGACCGCGGGACGCCGAGAAAGGAGUCAAUCGCUACUGUGAUUAUCACCGUGCGGGAUCGCAAUGACAACAGUCCUCGCUUCAUCAACAAGGAUUUCACCUUCUUUGUGCCAGAGAACUUUCCAGGAUUCGGGGAGAUCGGCGUGCUCACGGUCACGGAUGCGGACGCCGGGGAGAACGGAUGGGUGGCUUUGUCCAUCCUCAAUGGGAGUGACAUCUUCGUAAUUGACACCGGACGAGGAGCGUUGCGGGCCAAGACCUCUCUGGAUCGGGAGCAGCAGGGGACGUACUAUGUCUGGAUCGAGGCUAUCGACGGAGGCGAACCGGCUCUUUCUUGCAUCACAAUGGUGACCGUUCUCCUCCUAGAUGUCAACGACAACCCUCCGACUGUUCUUUUCCCCCAGUCAAACCAGUCAUACAUGCUGGUGCUUCCCAACACGCUUCCGGGAACGUCUAUAACGGAAGUCUACGCGGUGGACCGGGACACGGGAAUGAAUGCUGUUAUUGCUUACAGCAUCAUCAAGAGGACAGACGGAGAACCGGGAUCGUUUGACAUCGACCCGUACACGGGGAACAUCACCUUGAGGAAAGCCCUGAACAAUCGAGGACUAUAUAGUUUGUGGGUCAAAGUCAGGGAUCACGGUCAACCAGAACUCUACUCUACUGUACUGGUCAACCUGUUUGUGAAUGAAACGGUCAGCAAUGAGACUCUCGUUCAGAGCUUGUUGCCCAGAGUGGUAGAUAUUGACCACGGCGAGGAUCCUCCAGUUAAGGAAGGGAGGGAGGGUGAUCGAGUGCCAAAUCCGUGCCGCGAGUUGCAAGUGGUAUUGCUUGCGCUGACGACUACCUGCCUCGGACUGUUUCUGACCGUUGUGUCAUUGGUGACAUUCAUUUGCUGCAAGAAAAGAAAGCCGAAAAAGAAGAGAUUAGACAUCGAGAUUCCUUUAAAACUCAACCAUGAAAUGGUGGACAAGAACCCAAUGGAGAUUUCAAACAUAUGACACUUGCCUGCUCAGCAAAAGACUGCUCGUACUGCCCAAAUUAUUCUGUUUACAAUGUGUUUUGUGCAUCUUAAUAUCUCUUUAAGUAUAAAAAAUGUAUAUAUUGUGCAUACAGUAUGUUUUAUAACUAUGAUGAAAUCUAUAUAUAUAUAUAUAUAUAUAUAUAUUGACAAGAUCGCUGCAAAAUUUGAAGAUUUUGCUAUUUGCAUUCGCUGCCCAACAUGCUUUUAAUGUAUCUUACAAUGGUGCCCUCAGCAGUGUGUUGUGUCAAAUUGUCAAACCUCUUUUAUAUGCCUGUCUUUGAAGCCCAAUGCAGUUAUUUACAAGAACAUGGUUCUCCCUGUGGAAAGCUGUUCCCGUUCAGAUGUUAUGCUCCUCAAGUUUGUCAUCACCUUUCCAAAAGAGAUGAGAAAUCAAUUAUUUCUCAGUGAUUAACAGAAGUCGUUUGUGUUUUCUAGGGAUGCACCGAUAUGAAAAUUUUGGCCGAUACCAAUAACCGAUAAUUCUUUAUAUGUGAAAUCCGAUAACCGAUAUAUUGGCCGAUAAAUCUAAAUUAAACUUUUUACAGAGCCUGAUUACGAAAACAAAAGUUCUUUUCUUAUCGAUAACAAUAAAAAGGAACAUAUAUAUCGGCCGAUACCGAUAUGGUGUCCGAUAUAUCGUGCAUCCCUAAUCUCUUGAGCCCCAAAAUGUCUCGGUUCCUCCAACUGAUUUGUUCAGAUCUGUUUGUGAUGAAUUUUUUACGUUUGUGGACUCAACUCAAAACUUUUUUUCAAAGAAGCUAAAGCUACAUUUCUCUGAUCUUGUUUCUCUGAUGUGCAAGCAAAGAAUUCAUGAACAUUAAAGUGCUUUAUUUUCUUA